AUUUUGAAUAUGAGUGACAAAAAGCUAUCGAUUAUCAAUCAAUUGAGGGGGAAAAAUCCACAAUUGAAAGCCCUGCGAAAAUCUGGCGUUCUUUAUCGAAAAUCACAGCGUCUAUGGCCGAAACCCGAAAAGGCGGAAAGUAUCCCAUAUGAAGCACAGCUAAGAGAUGUGAAUGUGCCUACUACGUCGGAACCAUCAACCUUUUUGGAUUUGGAAUUUUUAAAUGAAGCAACACCUUGCUAUACCGAGGAGACGCUAUUCUUAGAGACACAGGAUUACGAGCUUAAUUUGAAUGAAUUGGAAGAAGAAGCAGACGAAGAAGAAAGUGCCGACGAAGACAAUGAUGGAGCGUAUCUGGACGAUAAAGACGAUCCCGACAUUGAUCAGAUGAACGAAUCCUAA